UGUGGUAUACUUCCGCCGAGUUGUUUAGGUUGAGUUGCUGCUAAAAUGUCAAGUUUGUGAACAAUGUCUCGAAGUUUAACACCCACUCAGCAGAAGAUUGCUGAAAAGCUCUCAAUACUAAAUGACAGGUGCUCCGGGAUCCUAACAAGGAUCUACAACAUCAAGAAGGCAUGCGGAGAUGCGAAAUCCAAACCAGCUUUUCUCUCUGACAAGAGUCUUGAAUCAUGUAUCAAGCACAUUGUUAGAAAAUUUCCCAACAUCGACAGCAAGUCGUUACAAGCACUAACUAAUGUGCGGACAGACAUCAUGAAGUCUCUCUCCCUUUACUACUACACAUUUGUUGAUCUUCUGGAUUUGAAGGACCAUGUAUCUGAACUUUUAACUGUUAUGGAUGCCUUAGGGAUGUCAGAGUCACUUGAUAUUAAUGUGAAUUUUGAACUAACUAAAGGAUAUUUGGAUCUUGUAACCAACUAUGUCACUUUGAUGAUUCUUUUAUCUCGUGUGGAAGAUCGUAAGGCUGUGUUGGGGCUCUUCAAUGCUGCUCAUGAGAUGGUCAACAAUCAGGGAGACCCAAGUUUUCCACGUCUUGGUCAAAUGAUAAUGGAUUAUGAAAGUCCAUUAAAGAAGUUGAAUGAAGAAUUCGUACCCCAUGCUAAACUCUUAUCUGUUGCUCUUAGCUCACUCUGGGUGCUUUACCCACGCAGAAAUCUGAGAGCUGAGCAGUGGAGGGCAGCACAGAUGUUAAGUUUAGUUAGUACACCUAGUCAGCUUCUUAACCCUGCACAAACUGAUGUGAUGCCAUGCGAGUAUCUCUCUCUUGAUGCCAUGGAGCGAUGGAUUAUCUUGGGCUAUAUGCUCAUACCUCAGACACUUCAGAAGUCUCAGGCCCAUGAGUGCUGGACACAGGCACUGCAUACAGGCUGGGCAAUUACGUUGUUCAGAGAUGAAGUACUGCAUCCACAUUCCUACUUCCAGUCAUUCCUCGAGACUAAAAAAGAGCUGAGCAAGCGUAUAUCAGAUGUGAAGGAGGGCUAUUCUCAUGCUGUUACUCAUGCGCCACUCAUGCAUCGUGAAAGACGUAAAUAUCUCCGCACUGCCAUGAAAGAAUUGGCUCUCAUUUUGACUGACCAACCAGGGCUUUUGGGUCCCAAAGCUCUCUUUGUGUUCAUGGGUCUAAGCUUUUCGAGAGAUGAGGUAUUGUGGCUACUACGUCACCAUGAGAACCCACCGCUGCAUAAAGUUAAAGGCAAAACAGCAGAUGAUUUAGUUGAUCGUCAGUUGCCAGAACUACUUUUUCAUAUGGAGGAAAUACGAGCACUGAUCAAGAAGUAUUCACAGGUGCUGCAACGAUAUUACACACAGUACCUUUGUGGGUAUGAUGCCAUUGCCCUUAAUCAGUUGAUACAAGAACUGCAAAACCUACCAGAGGAAGAAUCAAUCAUUUUAUCAUCAAUGUGCAAUGAAAUUGGAAAUUUAUCAGUCAAACAAGUAGAGGAAGGUACAUCAUUUGACUUUCGUGGCAUCCGUCUCGAUUGGUUUCGGCUUCAAGCAUAUGCAACAGCUAACCGUGCUGGGUUGAAUCUCAAGAAUAAUCGAGAAUUGGCAGCCCUUAUUAAUCAAAUUGUCUUCCACACAAAGAUGGUUGAUUAUUUAGAUGAAAUGUUGAUAGAAACAUCAGAUCUCUCUAUUUUCUGCUUUUUCAGCAAACAGUUUGAAGAAAACUUCCACAUGUGUUUAGAAUUUCCUGGCCAGAACCGCUAUAUCAUCUGCUUCCCAUUAAUAUGUUCACACAUGCAAGCAUGUACACAUGAAAUCUGUCCAGAGGAGCGUUACCAUAUACGAGAGCGAAGCUUGUCAGUUGUCAACAUGUUUUUAGAAGAAAUGGCUAAAGAAGCAAAAAAUAUUAUUACUACCAUCUGUGAUGAGCAGUGCAUUCUCUCUGACAAGCUUCUUCCAAAGCAUACAGUUCCACUUCUAAUCCAUAAAAAGAAAGAGAAGAAAAAGAAAAAAGAAGAUACAACAGAAGGAAGACCAGGAUAUGAAAGCCACAGGAAAACGCGGGAGGAGCUGACCACAAUGGAUAAGCUUCACAUGGCUCUAACUGAACUCUGCUUUGCUAUAAAUUACUGCAGUCAAAUUCAGGUUUGGGAAUAUACUUUUGCUCCUCGUGAAUACCUUUAUCAGCAUCUGGAGCAAAGGUUUACACGAGCCUUAGUUGGGAUGGUUAUGUACAAUCCUGAUACUAAUGAGAUUGCUAAGCCUUCAGAAUUGGUAGCAAGUGUCAAAACAUAUAUGAGUGUUCUGCAGACAGUUGAAUAUUAUGUACACAUCGACAUCACUCGAGUGUUCAACAACGUCCUCCUUCAGCAAACUCAGCUUCAAGACAGCCAUGGAGAGAAGACAAUCACUGCACACUACAACUCAUGGUACUCGGAAAUUCUCCUACGUCGUGUCAGUGCAGGACAUAUUGUUUUCUCUAACAAUCAGCGUGCUUUUGUGUCCCUGACUGCUGAGGGAGCCCAACCCUUUGCUGCAGAAGAAUUCUCUGACAUAAAUGAACUUCGAGCGCUAGCAGAGCUUAUUGGUCCAUAUGGCAUGAAAGCACUGAAUGAAAACUUAAUGUGGCAUAUUGCCAACCAAGUGCAGGAAUUGAAGAAACUGGUAAUUCUGAAUAAAGAUGUCUUGCUUUCUAUGAGAACCAAUUUUGACAAACCUGACCAAAUGAAGGAAUUAUUCAAGAAGUUGCAACAGGUGGACAGUGUCUUGUCGCGCAUGCAGAUAAUUGGCGUUAUUUUAUGUUUCCGACAGUUGGCCCAGGAGGCACUUGCUGAUGUGCUCGACAAUCGCAUUCCUUAUUUAAUGUCAUCUAUAGCUGAUUUUAAGCACCAUAUCCCAAAUGGAGAUACCAUGAUUGAGAACAUUAAGCUGCAGCUUGUGAAUGAAAUGUCAUCAGCUGCUGGUCAUCCUUGUGACGUGGACCCAGCAUUAGUCAAUGUAUUACGAUCCCACAAAAGUGAGGUGCCAGAUGAAGAAUUUGUCAUCACAUGUUUGUUAAUGGUGUUUGUUGCUGUGUCCAUUCCAAAAUUAGCUCGUAUGGAUAGUACAGUGUACAAAACAGCAUAUGCUGCUCAUGCAAACAAUUCACAUUGCUUAGCUCAGGCUGUUAACACAUUGUUUGCAGCACUCUUCACAUAUUGUGGACGGGGUCAAGAUAUUGAAGAAAGAUUAAAGGAGUUUUUGGCGCUUGCAUCAUCAAGUCUUCUCCGCUUGGGUCGUGAAAAUGAUAAAGAUGUGAUUAAAAAUCGAGAUGCUACUUAUAUCUUGCUACACCAAAUUGUGGUACAAUCUCCAUUCCUGACAAUGGACCUUUUGGAGGCAUGUUUUCCUUAUGCCCUCAUUCGUAAUGCCUAUCAUACUGUACAUAAAGCUGAACAUUGAACCUAACCCUACUCACCUGAAACAUCAUAUAUGGCUUGAGUUAAUGGUCACUUCUUUAGUCAUAUAAUACACAGUAUAUAUGCAGAUUUUUUGAUUACUAGAAUGCUCAAUAAAUAUUGAGUAGAUUUGUUUUGAGAACUGAGGUUUAGAAACAUUCCUUUAUCAGAAUUCUAGUACAGAAUUAAAUUGGAUUAUCAAUAUGCAUCAUUUUUUUUCAUUUGUACCUGCACAAUCUGUUAAUAAAUUGAUCUUGUAUAUUGAAUGUAGUCAUUAUUAUCUAAAUACCUGUAUCAUAGUUACAGUAGUAGCUGUUUAUAAUAUUUUUACAUGGUUCCUAUCCAACUGUGUGUGUGUGUGUGUGUGUGUGUGUGUGUGUGUGUGUGUGUGUGUGUGUGUGUGUGUGUGUGUGUGUGUGUGUGUGUGUGUGUGUGUGUGUGCACAUCCUUGCUUGCAUCUGUCUGUCUGUGUCUGUUGGUCUGUAUGUGUGUCUGUGUCUGUCUGUUGGUCUGUGUCUUUGUCUGUCUCUCUCUCUUGGUGCACAUGCACUGUAGUAGUGCUGUAGUAUCUGCAUGCCUCUGGCAAAACAGUAAUGAAACGAAUGAUGGUGAAAGUGUUUCUCUUUUGGGUUACUCUUCCCCGGUGGGAGACAGCCAGUGUUAAAAUAUAAACAAACAGAUGUGUGUGUAUGUGUAAUUUCUUUUUUUUAAACACACUGGCUGUCUCCCACCAAGGUAGGGUAACCUGAAAAAGAUACACUUUCACCAUCAUUCAUCCCAUCAUUGUCUUGCCAGAGGCACACCAAUGCUAUAGUUCAGAUACCCCUCCAAACUGCAAAUAUUCUCACCUUUCGAAUGCAGGAACUGUACUAUAUCCUUCCCCCCCCACACACACACAUGCAUAUAUUUGUAUGAUUAACUGUUCCAAGGUAACUGAAUUCUGCCAAAGAUAUUGGCAAUACAUUUCCCCAACUUUGUUUUGUAUGAUUGUGAAUACAUAAAUUUUUACUUUCAUGUUGUACAUAUGGAUGCAUAUGUAGACUACAUAUGCUUUCUAAGUGCCAUUCUCCAAGAAAUGUCUUAUUCUUCAGAGCAUAAAACCUUCAUUUCAAACAUUUUCAUGUCCCAACCUUGAUGACUGUUCAUCCUCCUCUCUGAUGGUUCGCACCUUUAAUGCAAACUUUUAUGAUUCCUUAAUUGAUAUUGAUUUACUACAUUAACUGUUACCACCCAGUUUUUUGCUCCUGAUGAUGAUCUUCCCUUAAUGCAUUUAUGUCUACUUCUACUAUCUCUCUAAGACACAACUUAUAAGGAAAGCUUUGUAGCUUCCUUCCUCAUAGGGCUGCCAUCAGUUUUGCUCUUGCUGUGCAGUGCUAAGUAACUCCCAAGUUUAGCACUUUUCAUGAAUAUAAUAAUAAUUCCCUGCAGGGAUAUACUAAACAUCUCUUGAGGAAAAUGCACAAUAUUUUUUUCCUUGAAUAUGAAAGAGUAACUGGAAAGUACAUGUACUGUAUAAGUGGAGGAAUAUUUAUAGUAUGUAUACUGAAGACUGAAUUACACUUAGAGUGAAAUUUUCACAAGAUGAAAUAACUCAUCAUUGAAUUGAGCAUUCUAAUACUGUUCAUUAUUUGUAUAUAGUAGCACUAUGUGAGAAUUAAUUUUUAAGUUGAGAGCAGAAUAUUCUUAUUGUAAAUUUGAGACAAUAUUCUUUGUAUAGAAAGCAUAGUUAUUAUUUGUGUAUUGAAAUUGUAACUGAUUAAUAGAAACUUUGAAAUAUAUUCAGUGUGAUUACAUUGGCUUUAAGUUUAUUGCAGGACUCUCAGUUGAGCCCACUUAUCCAAUGCUUGUUUUGGUCUUUACUUGAAGGAAAACAUUUGAACAUAUUGGUUUCUAGCUGGUUAUAAUAAGUACAGUAGUUUUUAAUGAACACACAUGUAACUUGUUUUGCCUUUCAUGUAUUCUUCUUUUACUGACAAACUUUUGUAUAUGUUGGGUCAUUAUUUUUAGAUGCAGUUUAUUUUAAUUUUACAGAAAAUUUAUUUGUUUAUGAAUAAAGUAUAUCACUGUAUUCUCAGAAGGCAUUUCUUUUACAGCAUGAAAAAAAAAAUUUAAGUCUUUCCCAAAAUAUGCCCGUGUUUCCAUUUUUAAAUGAAUUACCAUCCAUAUAGUGGCUGGCAUGGGACAAGUAAUAUGAAGGUAAAAACAAUUUUCAUACAGUAUAUUCCUAAAUGCAGUAACAACAUUAAAGUCUUUUAAGUAUAUCCAGUGAUAAUACUUUUUUAAAUUCAUAAAAAUUUUGUCAACAAAUUUGGUUUGAUUAGCUUUCACAAAAAAUCUAACCUUUAAAAAAAUGUGACAAUAGAAGUUACUAAAUGAAAUAUUAUAUCGUAAUUAUUAAAUAUUAUUUUAUAGGAUUUCAGUGAAAAGAUCAAAAGUUUAAAUUCUGCAAGAUGGUUUUUGAAUCAUCAGCCUAGCUUUAAGUGUACUGGAUAUGUACAGUAAGGUCUUAUUUGGGACACUGCUAUUCAGAAUUCUUCCAAAUUCAAAAAAUUUGGAAUGAUCUCUGAAAUUGUGAGCUUUCCAAAUAAAAAAAUUUGUAAAAUUCAAAUUUGGAUUUUCUUUGUCAGUCUGAAUAGAAGAGACAAGUCCACUUUCUAUUAUGGUAUUUUGAAUUUUAUAUAACUAGGAGAUGAUUGGGCACAAAUUAUUUUGAAUAAAGUGACUACUGCAUU